GCUAGCAACCAUACUCCCCGAGAAGCCAAGAGCCAUCCAGCCACCCACUACCACCAGACCAGGACCCGCAGCACUCCAAACAAAGAGCGGAGCGAGCUAGCUAGCAGCUGAUCGGAUGGCUCCGAGAUCCGCGGCGGCGCUCCUCCUCGCGGCGGCGCUGCUGCUCUCGUCGGCGGGCGUCGCCGUCGUCCGCGGGCAGCAGCAGGGCAACCCGUGCCCGACGAACGCGCUGGCGGACCUCAAGGUGUGCGCCGACGUGCUCGUCCUGCUCAAGCUCAAGAUCAACGUGCCGCCGACCCAGCAGUGCUGCCCGCUGCUGGGGAAUCUCGUCAACCUCGACCUGGCCGCCUGCCUCUGCGCCGCCAUCAGGCUCAACGUCCUCGGCAUCCCCGUGAACCUGCCGCUCGACGUGCCACUCGUGCUCAACUACUGCGGCCGGAACGCCUCGGCCGUGCCGGGCUCCAACUGCUCCUAAGUUAAUUUGUGUUAGUAUAGCCGCCGGCUGGUCCUGUGGAUCGGAUGGAUGCUCCAUGGCUUCGGGUUUAUGGAUGCUCCAUGGCUUCCGGUUUAUGCAUGCCACUGACAAGUGUGUGUGUUUUAGGGCUUGGGUGAUUGGAUGAGUAUGUAGGUUAGCUAUGCGUCGAUGUAGCUGUCGCUAUAUAUAUCUAUGCGUGUUUAUAUAUUUGUAUCUACGGCAUAUAUUGUAAGUAUGUUAUGUUAUUUGUGUAUCUUCAUUUCAAGUAUUUAUAUGUGUGACAUGAUGUACUUGUAUGUGCGAAUGUACGGAAUAUCAUGUACCAUAUAUAGUGAAGUACUAUGCUAUUUAUAUGUA